GUCGUAUUCUCAACAAGACCAGUAUAAUACUCAGCGUGAAAGAUAAAAUUUAGUAUUUGUUCUGUGUCAUCUCACACUUCAGUGAAAUCCAUUCAAAGUUUUUGUGUUGAUCUUCGAAUGUGCAAACACUAUUCGGAAUAACUGCCCUCAAGGAGAACAUUCCAAGGUAGGACCAUUCAGAAUUCCUAAGAUAAUCAACAAUGUCAGGCAAAUCAUUUGAAAAAUUGCAUUACCGUGAUUGCAAUAGAGAGUCUGUUGAUGAAUUGGCAAAACUCAAGGCUCAAUUUCGUAACGCCUACGCCUUAAAAGCCCUCGAGGCUCAAAUCGCUGAGAAAGAGGCAGAUCGCAUUGCACAAGAAGCUCGUGAUAAGUUAUCGAAAAAAGUGUUAACUCUUCAGGAUGAAAGAAAUUUCGAAGAGGAAAUUCAGAGAAAUUUUGCAGCUUCAAAAAAACGUGAGGACUAUAAAUCAAUUCUUGAAAAACAGAUGGAAUCAAAAAUUCUCGAAAAGUUAUGUCAAGAAGAAAUUGAUAAAAGAGAGCGGGAGAUCUUAAUCGAGGUGGACAGAAUAAUCGACGAAGAGUAUGAAAGUACGAAAGUAAUAAGACGUAAUCAACUCGCUGAGACAUUGAGACGUGAGCGUUUAAUUUUCGAGGAGAUGCGUGAGAUAAAACGCACGAAGGAAAUUGAGAUUGAGGCAAUUGCUUUCGAGAACCAGCAAAAGUAUCUUGAUGAAAUUGAGAAAAGGUCAUCAAAAAUGAGAAAAUUGCGGGACGAGCAGCAGAAGAAACGUGAAAUGGCUAUUGAAACAGUAGCUAAAUUGUUUGUGGACAGUGAAGCGAGAAAACGAGAGAGAGAAUCAGUGAUAUAUGAUUUAAUUUCUCAGACAAUUAGACAGGAGUUAUUAAUCGCAGAGUACGAGUUCGAGUGCAAAGUGAAAGAGAAGAAGCAUCAACUUGCUGAAGAUUUGAAAGAACAAAUGAUGUUCUCGGUGGAAUCUGAAGCUCAUUGUCGUGAACGAGAUCGGGCCUUUGCGGAUGAAGUGAUGGCGAGGAUAAUGGAGGACGAAAGGGUGUCCAUAUUGACAGCUGAGGCAAGAAGACGAAAACAAAUAAUUUACAAGAAAGAUUUGGAAGAUUUGAUAGAUGAGAGACAGAGACUUCGAGACGCGGCUGUUGCUGCAUUAAAAGCAGAUUGGGAGAAGGAAAAGUUGAAUGAAGAAAUUCGAAGGCAGAAGAUAAAAGAGGAACGCCAGAGGCUUAUUGAGGAGCAUCUUGACCAGAUCUCCACAUACCUUCGAAAAGGUGUUCUGUCAAAGGAAGAAGAAGAUGAAUUUUUAUCGAAAAAAUCGUAAUCUACCCGAAUGACAUAUUAAUGACGCCAACAUGUUAAGUAACUGAUUUUAAUAAAUUAUCGCCAUCCUCAUUAGUGAGUUUCUUGGGCAGUUCUUCGGAGUAAAUUUAUAAUUCAACCACUAGCGGAGGAAAUCGUAUCCCUCCUUACUAAUCCCACUGCUCCCACGAUUCUGCCACAAAUGGGGAGAUCAGGCCAAUAAUCUCACGGGAACAAUUUUCCUGCAACAUCCGGUACAAUUAGUACCAUCGUUAUAUAAUGUACUCCUGGGGAUAAUGAAUUUUUUUCAUCAUCGAUAAGACUGUAGUUGAUCAAUAUAUGGUCACAUGUGAAAAUGUCCGAACGCUCUAUAGUCAUUUGUUGUGAGAAAUUACGUUUAUCUUGCAUGGGAGGUUAUGCGUUGAAGUGGUACAGGAAAACACUCUGAGGCGUCGGGUAAUAACGCCCACCACACCUGCCGACAGGUGUAUAUUGGUCUGUUGGAGUAGUUUAGAGGUCCUGGUAAAAGCU